AUGGAAAUCAGAAUUUCCGCUGCAAAACAAUUGUCAGAUGAAAAAGGCAAACCCUACACUGCUUAUUCUCUUAUAGUUAUAUAUAACGGAUGGGAAAAUACAGUUGAUCACAGAUAUUCUGAGUUUUUAGAGCUUCACAGAGUCAUGAAACUCAUGAGGAGAGUGUUUAAUAGUCCACUCCCUCAUUUUCCUGGCCAAAAGUUGCUAAAAGCGAUUUUCCAUAACUUAUCACAAGAAGAUAUUGAAAAUCGGAGGAGAAAGCUGGAGGAUUAUAUGAAUGAAUUAAUUAUGACUGAUUGUGCCCAUCAUAGCCAAUAUUUUACUGAGUUUUUGGGAAUGCCUCAAAGUGUAAAAGAACAAUGGAUGUCAGAAUAA